CUUUCAUGAUUCGUCUUCGUUUGCCGUCGAGUGUUGAUGAUUGAUGUAGUAUGUAAAAUUGUCCCCGGCUUUUGUCUAGAUUCGGGAUAGUUGCAAUUAACUAGACUAAGUUUUGCUUAAAAGCAGACAAAAUAUAUAAUGCAGAGUGUAAUAAACACUGUGAAGGGUACAGCCCUGGGAGUUGCGGGAUAUUUGACUCCGGUCCUGAAGGAAUCAAAGUUCCAAGAGACUGGAGUCCUAACUCCUGAGGAGUUUGUAGCAGCUGGCGAUCAUCUUGUGCACCACUGUCCUACUUGGCAAUGGGCAAAGGGUGAGGAAGGCAAAAUUAAGCCUUAUUUACCAGCCGAUAAACAGUUUCUUAUUACAAGAAAUGUGCCUUGCUAUAGAAGAUGUAAACAGAUAGAGUAUUGUGAAGACCAUGAGAAGAUAAUAGAAGAUGAGCAAGAUGAGGAUGGGGGCUGGGUUGACACACACCACUAUGAUUCUGCUGGCUCACCUACUAUUGAGGAAAAGGUGUGUGAAAUGACCUUAGAGGCAGCGGAGACAGGUGACAGUGAUGAAGCAGCAGGAGACCCUGACGAUGAUGAUGAUGAUGGCGAGGAUGGCGAGGCAGAGGAUAUGGAAUUAUUUCAGGAAUCAGGUCUACUGGAUGAGGUGGAUCCAUCAACAGCUCUAAGCAGUAAAAAGCCCACCGAAGAAGGAUCGCGGCGAGCGCCUUCCGGUAGUGGUGACGAAAUAGUACGUACGCGCACCUACGACUUACAUAUUACGUACGACAAAUAUUAUCAGACACCACGAUUGUGGCUCAUUGGAUAUAAUGAGGAGCGUAAAUUGUUAAGCGUAUCGCAAAUGUAUGAGGACGUAUCUCAAGACCACGCCAAGAAGACUGUUACCAUGGAAACGCAUCCUCAUCUCUCGGGGCCUUCGAUGGCGUCUGUCCAUCCUUGCCGACACGCAGAAGUAAUGAAGAAGAUAAUAGAAACGGUGACAGAAAGUGGCGGUGAACUUGGAGUACAUUCCUAUCUCAUUAUCUUCCUCAAAUUUGUACAAACUGUAAUCCCAACCGUUGAAUAUGAUUUUACACAGAAUUUCACUAUUCACUAAAAUCUAUGCGCCGGCGCCAAGUAUUCGUAUGUGCUUAAAUCGCUUUUUGGUCAGUAUUCAUACGAACCAUGGACAAAAUGCCAGUGUAUUUCAUUGUAUUGGGUCAUUUCAAUGUCUUUGUGCUAAAACUACGGCCAGGUGCUAUAUUCACAAAUAUUAAAAUGUCAGUUCACGCCCACUUAAAGCACCGGUGAUAUGGUAUUAACACUCUAAAACUAUUUUUCAAUUUAAUCUUAAUUCAUUAAAAUAUCUUAUAUUUAUCUCUUGAAGUAAUUGAUAUUACACGGGAUUGGUUUGUUGUAAUAACAUUUUAUUAUCGAUAAAUAAACAAGGGUAUUUGACAUUUUCUUUAUUAGUAAUCCGGCUCGAAGGACUAAAAUUUAAAAAAGGUUUUUGAAAAAAGAAGAGAUCAAUAAAAAAUAUCGGUUUAAUGCUAUUUCUAGAGUUAUUGAUGUUUUAUAAAAAAAAGGUUUAUAUUUACCAAUGGUUAUGGUAAUUUAAAUACAGCAAUGGACGUAAAGGUUGUUUCAAAGUUUGAGUUUAAAUAACCAAUUUAAACCAAAUAGCAUAACUACAUUUUAAAUUUAACUUUUUAUACAAGAACUGCCUUCUUUGAAAUUUAAAUAUAAAUAUAAUUCUGACAUAUUGUUAAACGGUCAUAACAAGAUUUUCUAAAAUUUAUAUAAAUUUGGUGAGGGUAAAUACGCUGGGACCUUGAAAUCUUUGCUUGAACUUUAUUUGUUCGAUUAAAAAUUUCAUUGACCUCGUUCAAUGCGGAAGCCAUUGUUUUGUCCUUAUCGCUCUCGUGGCGUUUGAAAAUAAAUAAACGUGAUAAAAACUUGAUUAAGUUUUUAAUAAGGCCGUCGUAAUUGCUUCAAAUUGGAAUAUUUUCAACCCUUUUUUGUUUAAAGCACAACUAUGUUUUAAAAAAUAGAAAUGAAAUAUGUGUGCGUGUAAAUGGAAUGUUUUAAAAUAAAGCCAAAAAGUUGCAUUUCUAAAAUAAUUUAGCUACAGUAAUCCCCCUAUAACGUGUUCGUAUAACGCGAAGAUUUAUCAUGUUAUAUUUCUGUAGUGUGAAAUUUAUAUUGAUUUGUCAGGUUCUCUCAAUACUCCUACAACGUGAUAUCCAACAACGCGAUCUACCGCGUUAUAGCAGGAUUACUGAUACUUUGAUAAAUCCUUUUAACUAACGUACAAAAGUGAUAUUUGCCAAUCUCAAUAAUUAUUAUACAUUAAUUAGAAAUAUGAUUCAAAAUGUUAGAAAUUCUUAUAAGACUCGUUUCUUAGUUAUUGAGAGUGGCCCUAGGUUAAGGUAGCAUUUUAUGGACAUAGGGUCUUUCAAGAAAAGAGUGUACCAAUUGUAAAAAAAUAAAAAUUAAUUAAUUUUAAAAAGCCUUCAACGCACUUGCGAGCCUUCUGGCAAUGUGAGUGUGUCCAUGGAGGUAUCCCUUAACAUCAGGUGAGCCUCCUGCCCGUUUGCCUCCUGUUACAUAAAAAAAUAUAAUUCGUACUAUACAGAAAUUUUACCUUUUGGGUCGAAUUAUUAAAUGUCUUCUAAUAUUUGAAUUUUUCGGUAAAAUCACUCCAUUCAAUAGUUAAUAACUAAUUUUAAUAUAUUAUAUGCCAUAAAUGUUUGUAAAUAUGGAUCUCACGCUAAGAUCAACUUAUUAUCAAGCUUAUGUAAACGCUUGAUUGUGUUAUUGAAAUAAAUUAUGUUUAUUUUGCGA